UUUAUUCCAACUUCAACUUUCAUCCCCAUCCUGCUCCAUGCUUUUUCUGUUUAUAAGUCCUGAUGUGUUUUAAUUUUAAACACGUAACGAAAAACUCUUUAUUUUUUUCGAUAUUAAUUAUCCUGUUAAAAAUCAACUUUAUUUUAUAAAAAAAUGGAAACCAAAUCUUGGAAUGAUUACAAACUUAGCCCAGGUGUCUUGUCAGGCAUAGAAAAACUUGGUUUUAAAUAUUUAACUCCUGUGCAAGCUGCUUCUAUUCCAUUAUUUUUGAAGAAGAAGGAUGUUGCUGUUGAAGCGGUAACGGGAAGUGGAAAGACGUUAGCCUUUCUUGUGCCUAUGUUUGAAAUUUUAUUAGAAAAAGCACCGUUCCGAAAACUUGAUGUUGCUGCCAUCAUUCUUUCGCCUACACGUGAGUUGGCAGUUCAGAUCUCUGACAUUGUCAGCAUUUUUCUAGAAGAAUUGCCUCAAUUUACAAGCAUGCUUUUGAUUGGAGGUGGGUCUGUUAACACAGACAUCAGACAGUUGUCAGAAAAAGGAGCAAACAUCAUAAUUGCCACUCCUGGUAGAUUUGCUGACCUCUUCAGCCACCACCAUAAAAGCCUAAGGCUUGCUGCAUUUGUUAAAGCUUUGGAAAUUCUGAUUCUAGAUGAGGCAGACAAAUUACUUGAAAUGGGUUUUGAAAAAGCAAUCAAUACAAUAUUAAGCUAUCUUCCAAAACAGAGGCAAACUGGUUUGUUUUCUGCCACACAAACUAAGGAAAUGGAGGACCUCAUUAGAGCAGGUUUGAGAAAUCCUGUCUGCAUCUCUGUUAAAGAAAAGAGUUCCCUGAGUCAUGAUCAGAGGACGCCUUCUACCCUUUCAAACUUUUAUAUGGUGUGUGAUCCCGAGAAAAAAUUCAGUGUUUUAGUCUCUUUCCUUCGUUCCAUGCAGAGUGUCAAGUGCAUGCUGUUCUUCAGUACAUGUGCAUCAGUGGAUUAUUUCACUUAUCUCCUGAAAGAAUUCAUCAAGCAUAUACCCGUUAUCAGCAUUCAUGGUCGUAUGAGGAAAAAAAGACAUAAAAUUUUUUCAGAUUUUCGCAAUUAUGAGAGUGGUAUAUUGCUGUGCACGGAUGUUUUAGCUCGAGGUGUGGACAUACCCGAUGUUCACUGGGUGAUUCAGUUCGAUCCACCAAGUUCUGCGAGCUCUUUCGUUCAUCGAUGUGGUCGGACAGCACGCAUAGGGAAAACUGGAAAUGCUUUACUUAUGUUGUUACCAAAUGAAGAGACAUUUGUUAACUUUUUAGAUGUGAAUCAAAAAGUCACUCUCUUGCCGAUGGACCCACCUGAAUUUACUGAUGUCUCACCAAAUAUAAAGAAAAUAUCCUGUAAAAAUAGAGAAAUCUAUGAGAAAGGAUUGAAAGCAUUUGUUUCUUUUAUUCGGUUUUACACGAAACACGAAUGCAAUUUGCUUUUCCGUGUGAAAGACUUAGAUUUGGGAAAAUUAGCCAAUGGUUUUGCUUUACUGAAGUUACCAAAAAUGCCUGAGCUAAAAAAGAAAGAGAUCACAAACUUUGUUGCCACUGAAGUAAAUUAUGAAGAAAUUCCUUACAGUGAUACAAGUAGAGAAAAGCAGAGAAAAAUAAGAGUGCAACAGUUGAAGGACCAUCCUGAAUUAAGAAAAAAAAUGUCUGCCAAAAGGGAAGAAAAACUUAAAAUGAAGAAAUUGCUAACUAAGAAAUCUGCUAAGAAAAGAAAGAAGAAAUAUGUGGAUGAUGAUGCUGAUCUUGAAGAAUUAGCUAGAGAUGCUAGACUUUGUAAAAAAUUCAAAAAAGGAAAGAUAUCAAAAGAAGAGUUUGAUGCAGAAUUUGCAGCUGAUGAAGAUUGAAUAGGUUGUAAAAAUUUGUAAAUAAAUGUAAAUUAUAUUUUCA